CGAUCACAUCACUUUCCGUCCUUCCUUCCUUCCUUCGUCGAAACAUCAUCGCCAUCGCUUUCAUCGCUUUCAUCGCUUUUGGAUCCUUCCUGUAUUCGAUCCCACAUCCACUCGAGCCGUUCUCUGUUCACAACACCACCCGGGCCUGUUGACUCCCUCCCUCGAGAUCUGAUCCGCCAUCAUGACCAAGCUUGCAUCUGUAUACAAGACGGACUAUGUCCAGUCACUCGACCAACACUCCCAGACCAACCUCAACUCAUCCUGGGUCAACGACAAAGGUGCAUGGAUGACCAACAUCAUCUUGAUUGCGUUCCUCAAGUUCAUCUUCAAUAUCAUCCCCGGCAUCUCUCCGGAAUUGAGCUGGACACUGACCACGCUCACCUACAACAUUGGAAGCUACAUUAUGUUCCACGCAGUAACGGGUGUCCCGUUCGAGUUCACUCAAGGCGCCUACGACGGAAUCACUCUCUGGGAGCAGAUUGAUGGAGGUGUCCAGUUCACUGCCACGAGAAAGUACCUCACCACCGUGCCUAUCGUCUUGUUUUUGCUCAGCACGCACUACACGCACUACGCGCCAUUCGCCUUCUUUGUCAACCUGACAGCUACAGUAAUCAACCUGAUCGCAAAACUCCCUGCCAUGCACCAGGUUCGUCUGUUCGACAUCAACCAGAAGCCUGAGGGUACCACUGACUAAAAACGGAUCUGUAUCAGGAGUAACUAGCAGCACUCAACUGCAGCAUAGAGAAAAAGUAGAUCAGGGAGCCCGUAGUCUUUGGUUUAAGGACUUUGACAGAUCAAAGAUUUUAUGGAUCACGACGCAGAGAACUACUGCCAACAAAGCAUCGAGUGCGGGAUACACCAUAAUAACACUUGCCCCAGGAUGAAAACUGGCAAAAACCAACCAUCAGUUACUUUUUUUAUAUCUUCGCCUCCUUUUUUUUUUUUUUUUA